AUGGACACAGUUGCCGGGCUGUUAAAUCAGUCGCUUGAUCCUCGCCAGGCUCGACCGGCUGAACAAGAGUUGCGCAAGUAUGAUAAACAGCAGGGGUUCACGCUGACUUUGUUGCAGAUCGUCAACUCCAAUCAGCUGCCCAUGGGAACUCGGCUUGCUGGUGCCCUGUUUUUUAAGAAUCUUAUUCGCCGGCUGUGGACAGACGAGGAUGGUAAUUAUUUGCUGCCCGAAACAGACGUUGUGGCCGUGAAGAACGAGAUCAUUCCGCUAAUGAUUUCGCUGCCUAGCGCCCUCCAGGCUCAGAUCGGUGAGGCGGUCUCUGGCAUUGCCGACAGUGACUUCCCUGAUAGAUGGGUCGACCUCAUUCCUAAUCUUGUGGCUCGUCUGGGCACAGACGCCAAAGUAAACAAUGGCGUACUCAAGGUUGCCCACUCGAUUUUCAAGCGCUGGAGGCCAUUGUUCAGCAGUGACGAUUUGUUGCGCGAGAUCAAACUGGUUCUCGAGCAGUUCGUCCAGCCUUAUUACGCCUUAAUGCUCGAAACUCACAAGCGAAUUGAGCAAACCUCCGGUAAUAAAGACGUUUUACUCGAAUUGCUUAAGACCAUGGGGCUGCUUGUCAAACUGUUCUACGAUCUGAAUUGCCAGGAUAUUCCCGAGUUUUUCGAGGAUCACAUCAAGCAAUUUAUGGACAUUUUACACAAUUAUCUUAUUUACUCGAAUCCUUUGGUUGAAACAACUGAGGAUUCCGAGUCUGGUAUCCUUGAGGUUAUCAAAACCGAUAUCUGUGAAAUCCUGCAGCUAUACACCCAACGAUACGAAGAAGAGUUUCGAAAGGCGUUGCCCACGUUUGUUGGUGCUACUUGGACCUUACUCACUACAAUUGGGCUGCAGUCAAAGUAUGAUCUGCUCGUAAACCGUGCUUUGGCAUUUUUGACUUCGGUUGCGAAGAUCGAGCGUCAUAUUCACAUGUUUGAGGCCACUGAAGUUUUGACUUUGCUCAUUGAGAAGAUCGUCAUCCCUAAUAUGACAAUGCGUGAGAGUGAUGAGGAGAUGUUCGAAGACGACCCCAUCGAGUUUAUUCGCCGGGAUCUCGAGGGCUCCGACUCAGAUACUCGUCGUAGAGCAGCCACUGACUUUUUGCGUGAAUUAGUGACCAAAAUGGAUUCCCGCGUUACUGAAGCAGUCAUGCGGUAUGUUAAUGGAUUUUUGGAGCAGUACGCUGCAAACCCGGCACAGAAUUGGAAGGCCAAGAACACAGCCUCCUACUUGUUUUCGUCCGUGGCCGCUAAAGGUAAUGUCACGGCUGCCGGCGUGUCGACUACGAAUCUUGCCAUCGAUGUUGUGGGCUUUUUCACAUCAAGCAUUGCGCCUGACUUGGUUUCUACAACCGUCAACCCUAUUCUUCAGGUCGAUGCCAUCCGUUUCAUUCACAACUUCCGCAACCAACUGACAAAGGAGCAGUUGUCGCAAGCUCUACCGCUUUUGGUUCAGCUGCUGAACUCCAGGAACUAUGUUGUUUACACCUAUGCUGCGAUCACCAUUGAGCGUAUCCUGAGUGUUCGCCAAAACAAUGUCUCUGUUUUCAAGGCUGAAGAUAUUCAAAGCGAAGCUGCUCAGUUGAUCAGCGCGCUGAUGCAGCUUAUUUUGAGAUCAGCAUCGACCAGUGAAAAGUUGUCAGAAAACGAAUUUUUGAUGAAGUGCAUCAUGAGAGUUCUUCUCACUGUUCAAGGCGCUAUGCAACCGUUUGCUGCUCCGCUGCUACCGCAGCUUGUUCAAAUUAUGACUGCGGUGAGUGUGAACCCUUCAAAUCCCAGAUUCAACCACUUUCUUUUCGAGUCUAUUGGCGCGGUGGUUCGCUACGCCGGCGCGCAGAUCGGUAUCUCUGGUCUCGAAGAACACGUGGUUCAGCCUAUGCUACAGAUUCUGGGACAAGAUAUUACAGAGUUCAUUCCAUACGUGCUUCAAAUUCUUACUGAGGUUUUGAGUCUCCAGCCGGCCCAGUCGGGCUUACCAGAAUCGUUCCGCCAGCUUAUUCGUCCAUUGAUGGCUCCUGUUCUUUGGGAACCCAAAGGUAAUGUACCCGCUCUCGUUGGUCUUUUGGAGGUUAUUUUGUCCCGUGGAGCAUCAGUGGUUGUAUCGGACGGCCUUCUAACGCCUUUGCUUGGUGUAUUCCAGAAUCUAGUUGCUUCUCGGUCUAACGAUCAGUACGGUCUUGAAUUGUUAGAGUAUAUUUUUUACUACGUGGGGCACGAACAUCUCAAGGAGCUGUCGAAACAGGUUGCUCAGCUACUUCUUAUGCGUCUGCAGCAGUCAAAUACAGACAAGUUCUGUUCUCGUUUCAGUUUGUUCAUGUACUUUUUGGCCUCAACUGAAGCCAACAACCUUGGUCCCGCCUACGCGAUCUUCUUCCUGGACCAAGUGCAGCAGGGUGUCUUUGGACAGGUGAUGACCUCGUUCAUGCUGCCGAGCACGCUCAAAAUUGGCGGAACGUUUAAUCGUCGCAUCGCUGCUGUUGGCUUGACCAAACUGCUCUGUCGGACAACAGAGUAUACCACAGGUGAGUACUCGUCACAAUGGGCCCAUGCUCUUGAUAUCCUUGUGAGACUGAUGAAAUACAAUAUGGCUGAAGAGCAUACCUCUGUACCCAUUGGGCUUGACCUUGAGGAGUUGUCGUUCGGUUCGUCAUUCUCGAAACUGGCAACCACUGCUGCCAAGCCUCUUGACCCUGUUCCUGACGUUAAACACCCAGUCCAAUUCUUCAAUGACGAGCUCAAGCAACUUGCAGAGAAGUUCGGGCCUGCCGUUCAGCAGCUGUUGCAAAACUUGGACGCAGAGUCCCGCGAAUAUCUUCGUCAACAGGGCGUUUAA